CAGAUAUGGAACUGCCAAAGUCUAUUAACAAAAAAAUCAAGAAAUACCCAAAUAAUAUUUAUCUCACUGGAAUCGGAGAUUUCAAGAAAUUUUCAGAUUUCAGAACGAGGACUAUGGUCCGCUCUCCAGUACCUAUAAGGAGUUAUGGGGAAAUUAGUCCUACUAUCUGAAACGACAGCGGUUUUGAACAUCCCUAUUCUAAAUGAGGGUAUUCCAAUAACCCAGAAUCAGCCUUGACACCUUUACUCAGCAUGAAAGCUGACACUACAGCUAAAUGAAAGACGAAAGAACCCUUUAAUUUUAGAGUUUUUCCAAAAUUUAAGGAGAGGAUGCGUUCUUUCAAGACUAAAACCCAUAUUAGGAAGCUUAAGACAACCACAACUCAAGAAAAGCAUGAGUCUGCAAAUGAAUGCUCUAAAACUCCAGCUAGCUCAGUCUUCUCUUUUGAUAGCCAUGAUAUAAAGGUAUCUAAGAGUCCUCUCCAUUAUAAGAAUAUGAAGGAACUUAAGGAAGAAAAUAGAGUCCAAGAGGUUAUUCUUAAUAGUCUGCUACAGAACACCUCUAAUCCAAACCCAAUUUUACAAAAAUUGUUGACUUCCUAUACCUGUAGGAAAUAUGAAAAACAGAUUAUGGAGUUGAAGUCAUCCCAUCACUCAGAGAUCGAGCAGCUAAAGUCUUCUUAUACAAGCCAAGUGGAGACUCUUCAGCUCGAGAUGAGUGACCUCACUACUCAGGUAGAAAAGCUCGAGCAGGAAAAUAGCCUAUUAAAAACCGAAAGCACUCAAAACUUAGAAAAGUUGGCAAAAAACCUCGAGGUAUCUGAACAUCAUGCCCAGGAGCUCACUAUGAAGCUGGAAAAGCUUCUUGGAACAUAUAAAUCUCUGAAAUUGGAGAGUAAGCAACUGGUUAAAACAAACUCAGAGCAGAAGACUCAAAUAGAUACUCUGGAGAGUACUUUGGAUUGCUGUAAAAAGUACUGCAAGGAAAUCGAAGCUGAUAAUAUCCUUUAUGGGAAGAGCAAAAUUCGACCUUAUAAGCUUGAUGUUGACCCUUAUGAGCUCCACAAGCGACUAAGACAGUACGAAUCCAAGAACGAAAUAUUAAAAAGUGAAAAUAUUCAAAUUACUGAGAAGCUAGAUGAACUAAAAGGAUUCCUCCAAAGGCUAAGAAUUACAGAAGAGGAUCUUAAAACUGCCAUGCUUACUGGGAGCCUUAAGCUAGAAGGAUUUAACUCUACAAUUUUUGACAUAGGGCCAACUAAGAGCUCUGUUCCUCAAUUUAACAAUCACUGAGUUAAGAGGAAAAGAAAAUGAAGGAUACGAAAGACUUCUACCAUGGAAAUAUCCACUCCUAAAAUUCAAAGGACUGUAUCCCGUAAGGGUUCUCACCAAAUGCUUCAAGACCAUAGCCUGAAUGUUGAUCAACCCCUACUCUCAAUGAUCUCGACUAAUAACAUGGAUAACAGUACUACACUAUGAAGUUAAAGAGGUGCUUUCACCAGCUCCAAAGUCACUUGCAGGACAUCCUUCUGCUUGCAGAAGGAUGUCCUGCAUCAGACAUUAAAGUCUGGAGCACGCUGGCAUUUAUCUAUCUAAUUCUAGUUUCUCGUUACACAUUUGCUACAGAUUUC